ACCGUAAACAUCGUCCGCUGUAAAACUAUGUUUUUUAAUCAAAUAACUAUUUUUUUCGACUAAAGUUGUAGCUAUUUCAUAUUUUAUUUGAUAAUAUUAAACAAAUCCUUUAUGUUUACUAAUCUUUUGCGAAGAAGAAAGCUUAAAUAGUAUGAGAACCAGCCGCCAAGAAAUCUAUGGCGCCAACAUUUUUUAGUUAUAUUCCUCAUCUUUAUUUUGUUAAAUUAUAUUAAUCAUGGAAGGGUCUAGUGAAAUCGUGGAUAAUAAUGAUAAACUAGCAAAUAAUUUAAAACUAGUGCGCUGUUUGGACUGGCUGCAAAAACAGAAUCAUCCAAAAAAAUUAGCACAACAGAACAAAAAUGAUAUACAGUUUAUCAUAGAAACCAACGCUCAUCGCAAGAAGUUUUUACUGUCUACUGCUGAAGAUGAUGCUACUAUACCAGCCGGCGUCGACGAGAGACCGUUACAACCAAAGGCUGUGCCGAACUAUAGACUCAGAUUUGAUAAUCUGACCAUGGAGUGUGAAUGGCAAUCAUGCUGUCAACGCUACAAAGACUAUAUGGACUUUCAGGAGCAUGUAGUGUCCCAUGUGUCUGAAGUAAAGGUUGUGGAUAUGGGGGAAGAAGUGUCAUACACUUGUUGCUGGGACAUAUGUGGGUACCAGUCACCAAAUUUUAAUGACAUCGUCAGGCACGUCAACUACCACUCUUACCACUCUAGAUUAUUGGCAAUAGGAUUUAAUGCGAGAGCAACAUUGAAACUUGAGAGCUGUCGCAGGGAUUCAACGAAGAGGAACCAACUACCACCAUUGAAGGAGGACCAUGCUUGUCUGUGGUUUGAAUGUACACACAAGUUUAAUUCUUUUCAAAAAUACCUUGACCACGUUGUCGCACACAUAAACUUCAUAGAGAAAAACUUUAUAUGCGCUUGGGCUGGCUGCGGUAUGAAAUUUACUAGGCGGGCUCUACUCAACAUGCAUGUUCGUUCCCACACCGGUGAGAAGCUCAUAGCGUGCUAUCACUGCGGACGACAUUUUACCAGUAAUCACAAGCUGAGCACGCAUUUGGCGAGACAGAACGCUGCCCAAGAAUGCGGUUACCAAUGCUCAGUGUGCGGUAAAUGGUACGCCACGGACUAUCUAGUCAGGGAACACUCUAGACAACAUGUGUCGUACUAUGCCUGUUCCCUGUGCGACAUGUCGGCGCCGACGCGAGCGGCGAUUGCCGUGCAUAUGCGGUACAGGCAUUUAGAUGAUGCAGUGAAGAAUUUUGAGUGUACGGAGUGUGAUUAUAGGACUGUAAUAAAAUGUGACCUUGAUAAGCAUAUGCGCACACACAACAAGAAAAGGAAAAAGGGAAAGGCUGGAGCGAGCAGCGAUGAAUCUACAGAUGAUGAGAAUCCGGCCAAGAAGGUCAAAAAGGAAGUAAAGAAAUAUGCCUGUCAUUUGUGCCCGUCGAAACAAACGAAAAUAUUCUCAAAAGGAUACCGGCUUACUACUCAUCUAGUGAAUGUUCAUGGAGCGCAAUGGCCUUUUGGACAUAGUCGGUUCAGGUACCAAAUCAGCGAAGACGGAAUAUACAGACUGACAACCACUCGCAUUGAAGAUUUGGAAGUAUCCAAGAAAAUUGUUGGAGGAAACAGUAUACCAAAGGAAUCGCUGGAGCCAAAAUAUGAGUUUAAUGUAAAACAAAUAAAAGCGACAAAAUACACUCCUGUACAAUUCGAAAUCUCCCUAAAAGGUGGGAAAAAUAUUGAUGAAAAGGAAGAAAGUGCAAAUAUUAAAGAAGAAAUAAUGCAUGAAUAUGAUGAAAAUGAAGGUAAUAAUUUCGUGGAGAUUUGUAUGUAUGAUGUUGACGAAUCUGGCAACAUUAUACGUUCGGAAACUACUAUACAGGAAAAGAAUACAAUAAUAACUACAUAGUGCAAAAGUGCAUACCAAAAACAUGAA